ACAUUUCAGACUGAGGUCAUGCGAGGAGAGUUUGAGCGUGUAGCUGCUCGACAACCCAUGGACACCUUAAGUAUGAAGAGAUAUGAAUUGCCUCCACCACCACCAGGAAAGAUGACUGAUGUAGCUGCUUGGGGUGAAUGUGUAGACAACUCAAUGGCACAAUUAGAGCAUCAGUCUACCAGGAUUAUGAACUUGGAACUGAUGGAAGAAUAUGGAGCGGAAGCGUGGAAGGAGCACAAUGCCUUACUUCAGCGUAUGUUAACACAUUCACAGGCACAACUUCAAGAUCUCAAAAAGGAAAUUCAAGAGCUGAAUUGGACGAGGAAGAAUAUGCAGACGAAAGCUGGAGAGGAGUUGCGGCACCUGGAAAGUAGCUGGGUGUCCCUUGUUUCUCGAAAUUAUGAAAUUGAGCAAGCUUGUGUAUUAUUAGAAGCUGAGAUAGUGAAACUGGAACACGAAAAAGAAACUCAAGAGAGUUAACCUCAUAUUUUCAAUUGUUAAAGGUCAUUAUUAAUUCUUGAUUUUGUUAAACAAUAUUACAACUGAUAUAUUUACAUGCUUUAGUGAAUAUAUUCAAAUGUAAAUAAAGUAGAAAUAAUCCAAA